AGCUAAGUAGGUAUACGUCACUCAUUAGUCAGUAGAUAAAUAAAUACAAAAGUGGCGAAUACUGAUUUGUUAUAGAAAUAAAAUAAUUCAUAUGAAUUACGAGUGUUGGCGAAGUUAUUAAAUGCUGUUUGGUUUCUCUGGUUUUGUGGAAGCAACUAACUGUGUGAAAUUGCUGGUGAUGUAUCUAUAAACGGGAUGAAAAUAUAAUAAUAUCGAAAUGAUACCCUACGCUAACGCCGCAAACUUUAAAGAAGAAGAUGAAGAGGAGAAAUCCCCUUAUGACUACGAAAAGACUAAGAAAGUAACAUGGUACGACAGAGUACUCCUGAAUCGGCCCUCAAAAGUGAUAACAGUACUCAUUUUACUGGCUUUAUUGGCACCAGUACUAAUAUACAGAUACAUAUUUGUCUCCAGCAGAGAUUGGCCUCCAUCUGAUGGCCAUUCCUUCGGCUCCUGCCUCGUCCAAAGGUCAAGUAGAUUGCCAUGUGGCCCUGGCUACAUACCACAAUCGGAUUGCCAUGCACAAUGCUGUUACGACUUGGACAACGGAUUCUGCUUCCACAGAUUUCCAUCGCGAUUUUCCUACAUCAUGGACCAGAUGUGGAGUGAGGAGGUAGUUCUCAGACCCAGGAUAGCCACCGUCCCGUUCGCUUUACAAAACAGCGUAACAAGCCUUAGACUCUCCAUAGACGAGAUAUCUGCCACACAUCUAUCAAUAACUUUUUACGACGCAAGGGAAAUGUCUAUACAAGGGAGAAGAAUUGAGAACAAAGAUUAUAACUAUAGGAUUUCAUCCCCUGAAUUAAACGUGAUAGUGGACGGUUUCAAUAAUGCGACAAUUUUCAAUACAGCGAGAGGAGCAUUGAUUGCGUCAGAGAAUAUAUGGGAGAUAACUUUCAAAUUAACUGAAGGCAUGAUGAUUGGCCUUGGAGAAUUACCACUAAAGGAGGGAGAUGUCAAAGUAAUUUAUAACUACGAUGGUGGAUUGAAUUCGUUGCCAUUGAUUUAUGCACAGUCUAACGAAUCCUAUCAUGGUCUCCUUCUAGAUGUGAUCACACCAACUGAAGUUCGUGUAACUGGCGGUAACCAAAUUGUUGUGCGAAGUAUUGCCAGGUCGCAAUUGAAGUUUCAUUUGUUCCUGGGUCCGCAACCGAAAGAUGUAAUGAGAGAUGUCAUCAACUUGUUAGAUCGUAAAAAGCACUUGGAAUAUUGGAUGCUUGGCGCACAUGUUUGCAGUGAAAUGACAAAAGAUCCAGACGAGGCAGUGGACUACCUCCAAUCAUUCAUUGAAAAUGCUACAUACAUCGGUUUACCUUUUGAGAGUCACUGUGGCGCACGACCCAUCGUUUUUAACAAUGACAAUGUUACUGAAGAUUUGUCUACUGUGGCGGCCGGGGCUGCACUGUUGAGAUCUGCAAAUAAAAAAUUUGUACCACAUUUGUCUCCAUAUAUUCGCUACUUAGAGAUCGACACCAAUGGCACAGGUGAAGAUGCGAAUGAGGAAGUCAAAUCAUACGAUUGCUCAAAUAUUGUCUGCGAGUUUGAAGAGUUUUUACUGCGAUGGAACUCCACGCAUGUGUAUACAGGUUCCGUAAAUUCCAUCGACGAGUCCAUACUUUUCCCGGACUACGGAAUAGUGAAUGAAGAUUUCAUUGCGAAAUUGUGGGCUUUUAAUGUUAACACAGAAGUUGAUGGCAUGGUGUUGAUAAAUAAUUGGCCUUUAGAGGAAUCUGUGAAGGCUAAAGAGGAAAUGUAUAUGCGAUUGCCAUAUUUCAAUGAGUACUUCGAAGUUGCAUUCAAUGCUACACCUCAGUGGGACAUCAUCAGACCAGGACCCGAUGUUCAGCCUUACUUCAAAGAGCACAAUAAAUACGGCAGUUACUUUGCAGCAGCUAUGGAGAAGAUAAACAAUUCCACACCAACCUGGUCCAACACCCAAUGGAUGAAUGGGGAUGUGAUUAUCAACAGACAAAACGUUCGGACAUCUUGGACGAAUUUCCACAACGAACUCAUAGCAACAGCGUUAGGUGGUGUAUCAGGCAACUGGCUUUGGUCCUCACCCAUAUGUGGCGAUGAAGAAAACUUUGACAUCGACAACCACGCUAACCUUUGCGUCAAAUGGUACAUGGCUUCUACCUACCUUCCUAUCAUUAAGAUCCACUCGAAAUUGAAGGCGAGAGAUCCUUCAGCUUUCGGAGGUACACACAGGGCGUUGACGAUAAAAGCUCUGGAAAAUAGAUUGUCUCUGUUACCUUACUUCUAUACAGUGCUGCAAGAAGGCCCGUUACUCAGACCUAUGUUCUACCAGUUUCCUUUGAAUGAGGAGUUAAGGGAAUCGCGCAGUCAAUUCAGCGUUGGGGAUAGCCUUCUAAUAGCUCCCAAUCUUGAGCCUAGACAGAGUAACGUCCAUGUGAGGGUUCCUCCGGGAACUUGGUACGAGUUCUGGAGUGGGUUGAAGGUCCAAGCGGAAGAAGGGGAAAUGGUCACGAUGACCACUACUGAAGCUGACUUCUUGACCUUCAUUCGCGGCGGAGAUAUUGUUGUUACGCAAAUGAAUGUAAGCACAACAGCUGAAAGUACGCGUAGAAACUCCCCUUUCACCCUCGUUAUCGCCACUAAAACUGUCAACGUCACUGCACAAGAAACAAACGAAGUUCGCUCGGCUGAAGGCAAGUUGUACAUGACACCGAACAUGACAAUCCACUUCAGCGUUAACAACACCAAUCUUACUAUCACUACGUACGACGAUGACUUCUCAGCUUUAUGUGGAGACGACGCUGUAUGGGCCAAGGUUGUGAACGAGCUCAAAAUAUAUGGACUGGACGAAGCAGAUAAUAAUUACGAUCAUCAUAAACAAUUGAAGACUGCAAUAGACUUGUGUGACCUGGCGAACGGUGACAUAGUUUUAUCCAUUUGAUACAGAGUUGUGUUAAUAACAAUUAAAUAUUUUGAGAAUCAUUCAAUUUUAAAAACCGCCUUUUUAAAUAGAAAGCUGUUGUAAAAUAAAAAUACAUAUCACUCAACUGGUGGAUAACACAAAGAAUUUUUUUUUUUCAAUAUUGAGUUAUUGAUGCCAUAAUAGACCUAAAGCAUGCCUGGAGAAAAAACCUCAUAAUUAUAUUACCCAUAGUUUGCGCUAGAUCGCAAAAGUGUUGUUGUUCGUUUAACACAAAAUUGACCCCUUGUUGGAGCUACAUCAACAUAAAGAUAAUUGUGAUGAACUAAAGGCAUUAAACUAUUCUAAAAAAAUAUAU